CCCGCCCUGCCUGGCCCGCCAUUCUGCUUGCCUGCGACGGAGAGGAGUAGCCAUGGCACUGGACAGCCCGGACUCACUGAUGACCCUGACCAUCGAGUACUGCCUGCGCAACCUGGAGGGGACGCUGUGCUACCUGCUGGACGAGACCCUGCGGCUGCACCCGGACAUCUUCCUGCCCAGCGAGAUCUGUGACAAGCUGGUCAACACGUACAUGGAGCUGGUCCACACAGACCAGAACUUCGAGCUCCAUCAGGGUUUCUUCUUGCUGUUCUCUGACCCCAGGAGCAGCCGGUUGACCCGGGUCCAGCUGAGAGAGGACACGGUGCAGGACCAGGACCUGGAGGCCAUCGGCAGCCAGGAUCUGAUUGAGCUCCACCUCACCAACUGCGAGAAGCUGACUUCCAAGAGCCUGGAGACGCUGGGGAGAUUCCGGCACACGCUGGUGUCCCUCAGCCUGUUCGGCUGCAGCAACCUCUUCUACGAGGAGGAGAACCCGGGGGGAUACGAGAACGACGACCGCCUGGUGAACCCCUCGCGCCAGCUGCCGGUCACGGACUUCACCUUCCAGGGCUUCAGCCGGCUGCGGAUGCUCAACCUGGGCAGGCUGACCGAGGAGGUGGACGUGGAGACCCUGCUGCGGCCCCUCAGCAGCCUCACCUCCCUGGAUCUCUCUGGUAUCAAGCUCUGCAAAGCCACCUUCCUCACCCAGUGGAAGGACAGGCUGUCCUCGCUGGUGCUCUACAACAUGGACCUGUCUGAGGAGCACAUCCAGACCGUCACACAGCUCAUACAGCUCCGACACCUGGAUAUAUCUCGGGACAGGGUGUUGAGUUACUACAAGUUCAAACUGACCAGGAAGGUCCUGUCCAUCAUUGUGCAGAGCCUGGUCAACCUGGUCUCGCUGGACAUCUCAGGUCACGUGAUGCUGGAGAACUGCGCAGUGCCGCAGAUUGAGGAAGCCGUGGGACGUCCCAGCAUGGAACCCUCCAAGAGCAGCAUCUGCCCCCUGCAGGCGCUGAAGAGGCCGCUGCAGUUCCUGGGGCUGUUUGACACCACACUGUGCAACCAGACGCACAUUCCAGCCUACAAGGUAACAGGUGCCAAGAAUGAAGAUCAGAUCCUGAACGCGAUUGAGACGUACACAGAGUAUCGUCCAGAGAUUGCAUCGCGCGCCAUAAACCACCUGUUUGACAUCGCUCGGAUACAGCACUGCAGCCAGCUGCUCCGGGCACUGCAGCUGGUGAUCGCGGCCCUCAGGUGCCACAAGUAUGACAAGAGUAUUCAGGUGACCGGCAGCGCAGCUCUCUUCUACCUGACGAACUCAGAGUACCGCGCGGAGCAGAGCGUCAAGCUGCGCAGGCAGGUCAUACAGGUGGUGCUCAACGGCAUGGAGUCCUACCAGGAAGUCACGGUCCAGAGGAACUGCUGCCUGACGCUGUGUAACUUCACGAUCCCAGAUGAGCUGGAGUUCCAGUACCAGCGGGUGAACGAGCUGCUGCUCAGCAUCCUGAACCAGUCGCGGCAGGACGACUCGAUCCAGCGCAUCGCCGUGCACCUCUGCAACGCGCUGGUCUGCCAGGUCGACAACGACCACAAGGAGGCCGUGGGCAAGAUGGGCUUCGUUACGACCAUGCUGAAACUGAUUCAGAAGAGGCUAGUUGACAAGACGUGUGAUCAGGUGAUGGAGUAUUCCUGGAGCGCGCUCUGGAACAUCACCGACGAGACUCCGGAUAACUGCGAUAUGUUCCUGAACUACAGCGGGAUGAAACUCUUCCUGGAAUGCCUGAAAGAGUUCCCAGACAAGCAGGAGCUGCACAGGAAUAUGCUGGGGCUGCUGGGUAAUGUCGCUGAGGUCAGGUGUCUCCGGCCACAGCUUCUUACACCACAGUUCAUCACCGUGUUCAGUAACCUGCUGGACAGCAAGGCGGACGGCAUCGAGGUGUCCUAUAACGCCUGCGGGGUCCUGUCCCACAUCAUGUUCGACGGACCCCAAGCCUGGACCAUGGAGGAGCCAUUGAGGGAGCAGGUGAUGGAUCGCAUGUGGGCUGCCAUUCAGAGCUGGGAUGUGACCUCCAAGAGGAACAUCAACUACAGGUCUUUUGAGCCAAUUCUGCGCCUCCUUCCCCAGGAAUUGGCUCCUGUCAGUCAGCACUGGGCCACCUGGGCGCUGUACAACCUCAUCUCUGUCUACCCUGACAAGUACUGCCCGCUGCUGAAGAAGGAAGGGGGGAUCGUCCUCCUGCAGAAAGUGUUGGAGCUGGGAAAGACCAGGCAGGAAACCAAGGAAAUGGCUCGGAUGGUCAUUGACCAGUGCAGCAACUUCAAAGAAGACCACAUGGACACUACAAGGUAAAAAGAGGAAAGAAAACGGCAGGAAGGCGCCAGAAAAAAAAAACAAGAGAAACCCCACUUUUCUCAACAACGUUUUUUUUCGUCUGUCACAAUUUACUGUUAUUACGGGAGGAACUUUUGCUUCUCAGCCACGUUGCCCGGAAGGAGCCUCCACAGGAGACACCAGCAGGAGAUGGAGAGAAGAGUGGCGGGGGGGGGUUUUAGUGUUGCACAGGGCAAACUUUACAUGUACAAGUGAUGAUUUUUUUUUUUUU